GCAGCAGCGCCGCCGCCGCCGCCGCUGCCGCAGCGCGGGCGGCCACGAGCCGGGAGCAGGGAGCCUGGCAAAGGGGCCGCCGAGCCCCGCGCGCUCCUGCCCGUCGCUACGCGGCUUCGAAAUCGAUGAUUAUUUUUCCUUAUUUAUUUAUUUAUUUUUUAGGAACGGUGGCUCCGAGGCUCGGGUCUCCCCCUGAACCUGCAGCGACGCCCCCGGCGCGUGCACAAAGGCUCCGACGGCGGCCGGCGGGGACCGGCGAGCGCGCCGGAGCCGGCGCCAGAGGUCGCCUGUGCGCGCCCUAGCCAAGCCCCGGGCACCAUGCCGCGGCGCCUGCUGCUCCGGAGCGCGGGCACAAAGGGCCCGCCUGGCACGACCACGGCGGCUCCGGAGGCCGCCUCGCGCCCCCACCCCUCGGCCUCCGGGGACCCGCAGGCAUCCGCCAAGCCGCUGCUGCGCUGGGACGAGGUGCCCGACGACUUCGUGGAGUGCUUCAUCCUGUCGGGCUACCGGCGGCUGCCCUGCACGGCGCAGGAGUGCCUCGCCUCGGUGCUGAAGCCCACCAACGAGACGCUCAACUUCUGGACGCACUUCAUCCCGCUGCUGCUGUUCCUGAGCAAGUUCUGCCGCCUGUUCUUCCUGAGCGGCCGCGACGUGCCCUUCCACCAUCCGUGGCUGCUGCCGCUGUGGUGCUACGCUUCGGGCGUGCUGCUGACCUUCGCCAUGAGCUGCACCGCGCACGUGUUCAGCUGCCUGUCGCUGCGCCUGCGCGCCGCCUUCUUCUACCUGGACUACGCAUCCAUCAGCUACUACGGCUUCGGCAGCACGGUGGCCUACUACUACUACCUGCUGCCCGGCCUGAGCUUGUUGGACGCCAGGGUGAUGACCCCGUACGUGCAGCAGCGCUUGGGCUGGCACGUGGACUGCACGGGCCUCAUCGCCGCCUACCGCGCGCUCGUGCUGCCCGUGGCCUUCGUGCUGGCCGUGGCCUGCACGGUGGCCUGCUGCAAGAGCCGCACCGACUGGUGCUCUUACCCGUUCGCGCUGCGCACCUUCGUCUUCGUCAUGCCGCUGAGCAUGGCCUGCCCCAUCAUGCUGGAGAGCUGGCUCUUUGAUCUACGCGGCGAGAACCCCACGCUCUUCGUGCACUUCUACCGCCGCUACUUCUGGCUGGUGGUGGCCGCCUUCUUCAACGUGAGCAAGAUCCCCGAGCGCAUCCAGCCGGGCCUCUUUGACAUCAUCGGCCACAGCCACCAGCUCUUCCACAUCUUCACUUUCCUCAGCAUCUACGAUCAGGUAUACUACGUGGAGGAGGGCCUGCGCCAGUUCCUCAAGGCGCCGCUGGACGCGCCCACCUUCUCGGGCACGGUGGGCUACAUGCUGUUGCUGGUCGUCUGCCUGGGGCUGGUCAUUAAGAAGUUCCUCAGCCACACCGAAUUCUGCAGUAAAAAGUGAGCCUCCCCGCUGGAGGAGGCUGCAGGCUCGCCCACCUGUUUGUUUGGAGUUGCUGUUGUUGCUGUUGUCGGUUUGUUUUCAAGUUUUGUUGUGUUUCCUUCUUUGCUCGAGGAGGGUGCUGCAAAACCACAGGGAAAAAGUUCAGUGCGACAGGGGGGUCUCAGUGCACUUGGGGCUUUGGAAGAGGGGGGUGGGGCAAGCAGGAGGGAGAGGGCCGCUGGUUCUUGCCCCCUGGAAAAAAUUCAAGUGGUGUCUGUGACAUCCAGGGAUUCUUCUAAGGCAGCGAAUAAAACCCAGAUAAAACCCCAAACAGUUCGAUUUUC